AUGGAACUCAACUGGCUGCUGUGCAACAAAUGCUUCAUUCACCUGACGGAGUCAGAGCUUCCAUUCUCUAUGACCCAGUGUGGUCACCUGUUCUGCAGGAAAUGCAUCUCCAAAGUUGGAGAUCAGUGCCCAGUCUGCAACAAAACUGGCGUCCAAUCCAUGUGCCUCACCACACCCCUUCCACCACUGAUCGCGCCCAUGUUCGAGGACAUUCUUACAUGGGCAGAGAGAUUGCCAUUGGCAGCUAAAUUCCAGAAGUUUCAGUUGAAUGUUCUGGUGUAUCGUCAGCAGGAACUGGCUAAAAAGUACUUGCAACUGAAGACUGCGUAUUGGCAAAUAAGUAAGCAAUUGGGGAAAUUGAAUCAGGCGUACAACGCAGUGAAGACAGACUACGCUGACAUGAUUGCCCACAGCAACGCUCGAGGCCAGUCCUUCUUCAAGGACCCUCCGAGGAACACUCGAGUGACAUUUGCCAAGCAGAAUAUGAUAUUUAGUAGCAAUCAGUCAGACCCUCGAAAUAUGUUUCGCCCAAGUUCUGGCAACGAGUCUGAAGACUCAAACGUCUCAGGCCCCCCAAUCCGAAGACUGCCUACUCCAAGGACCCCUGAUGGUGUAUUUCUCAUGCCCACAGCAACAAGAAUUCCCAGAUCUGCUGGCACGUCUACUUCUAGCUCUAGAAUGUCCACUCCGAUGUCACUGGACUCUGAUCAGCUUGGCAGGGGGUAUGGCAGUGAUACGAACGCCUACUCCCAGCGUUGA